GCCCCUACCAAAGCCUGUGGUUUAGCACGCGUGCGCAGCAGGCUCAUCCGUCAGCUGGGUUGUGGAAAUGGUGGAAAAGAAAACUUCGGUUCGCUCCCAGGACCCCGGACAGCGGCGGGUGCUGGACAGGGCGGCCCGGCAGCGCCGCAUCAACAGGCAGCUUGAGGCAUUGGAGAAUGACAACUUCCAGGAUGAUCCCCACGCAGGACUCCCCCAGCUUGGCAAGAGGCUUCCUCAGUUUGAUGAUGAUACAGACACUGGAAAGAAAAAGAAGAAAACGCGAGGUGAUCAUUUUAAACUUCGCUUCCGAAAAAACUUUCAGGCCCUGUUGGAGGAGCAGAACCUGAGUGUGGCUGAGGGCCCCAACUACCUGACAGCCUGUGCGGGACCCCCCUCCCGGCCCCAGCGCCCCUUCUGUGCUGUCUGCGGCUUCCCUUCCCCAUACACCUGUGUCAGCUGUGGCGCCCGGUACUGUACGGUGCGCUGUCUGGGUACCCACCAGGAGACCAGGUGCCUGAAGUGGACCGUGUAAGGCUGGACGUCCCCGGAGAGGAAGGCCUUCACCUUGGCCUCACAGAGGGCAUCGCCAGAAGGAAAGGGGAUCCCCCUGGACCAAGAGAAGAGCCGUUCAGUCACCCAGCAAAACUUGUGUCUUACCUACCAGGGGAAAUCAGUCUUAUUUCCAGGGACUGUUGGCAGGGAAGUGGGCUGAGCCCUCAGAGUACUAUAGUAAUAAAGGUCUAAUGC